AUGCCUCCUAAGAAUAGAAAGUAUGAAUGUGGAAAUGAUAAGCAUAAGAAAAAGAAAAAAAUUGAAGAGUUAAUUCAAUCUCAAGUAGGAGCUCUUGAUAAAUUUUUAAUCAAAGAACCACAAAUUUCAAAUGAAAGUCAUUAUGUUGAUAAUAUUGAUGUUGAAUUUCUUGAUAAUGUGCCCAUUGAAAAUAAUAAUCUUGAUAGUGUGCCUUUUGAAAAUGAUAAUCUUGAUACUAUGCCCAUUGAAAAUGAUAAUCUCGAUAGUGUGCCCAUUGUUGAUGAAGUUAAUAAUAAUGAUGAUGUUGAUAAUCUUGAAGAAAUUAAUAAUGAUGAUGAUAAUGUUGAUUAUGAUAUAUUUGAUCCAAGAAAUUGGGAUCGUCUUCAACCUAAAAUGGUUGAUUUAUUAGUUGCGAAAGAUCCUAAAAGAGAUAAUUCUAUUAAAGAGCUUGAUAAAUUAUUUUGUUUUUGUUGUAAAGUUUUUAAAAAUGGGAUUUGCAGGGGACAAUUAGCAAAUGAGGGUUAUAGUGAUUGGGUACAUGUUGGUGCAAGAAUUAAAGAGCACGAGUUAGCCUUUCGUGGUUCUAAGGAGAAAUUUUACGAAGAUAGCAAUGACAAUUUUUUGGGUUUGAUUGAAAUGUUAGCUGAAUUUGACUCAAUCAUCCAAGAACAUACAAAGUAUUUCUCAGUGAUACUUGAUUGUACUCCUGAUAUUAGUCACCAAGAGCAGAUGUCUUUGAUAAUAAGAUAUGUGGAUAUUUCUUCAGCUUCUAUUAGUAUUGAGGAAUCAUUUUUCGGAUUUUUGAAUGUGAAUGAUACAACUGGUCAAGGGCUUUUUGAUGUUUUACAAAAUGAAUUGAAAGAACUUGGUCUCGACCUAUUUGAUGUGAGAGGGCAAGGUUAUGAUAAUGGGUCAAAUAUGAAAGGAAAACAUCAAGGUUAUGAAGUGUCAGAAAAUGAUCUUGAUCCUAAAAUACAAAAUGAAGCUAAAUCCUUAGCAACAAAUGAGCUUGGUGAUUUUGACAAGCUUUUACAGGAAAAAGAUAUGCUUAUUGAUGUUGCUAUGAAAAAUAUAAAGGGGUUGAUUUCAUAUUUUGAGGAAUAUAGAGAAACAGGUUUUUAUAAGGCAUUGGUUAACGCUAAGGAAAUUGCGAUGGAACUGAAUAUUGCCCCAACAUUUCCUCAAAGGCAGUUGAAGUUACUAAGAGAAAUGUUGCCUGAAGAAACCAUAAGACCUGCUGAUAUAUUAUUAUUUUUGAAAGGCUUGGAUUGUUUUCCUAAUACAGUUAUUGCAUAUAGAAUUUUAUUGACUAUUCCUGUAACAGUUGCUUCUGCAGAAAGAAGUUUUUCAAAAUUGAAGUUGUUAAAAACUUACUUGCGGUCUACCAUGUCACAGGAAAGGCUUAAUGGAUUGGCAUUAAUAGCAGUGGAAAAUGAUAUUUUUGAGACAAUAAAAUAUGAAGACUUAGUUAACGAAUUUGCUUCAAAAAGUGUUUGUAGGAAGGCUCUUUUUAAAUAG